GUCUUCGUACUGUUCCUUUAACAACGUUAACGUCGGCGGACGUCACUGAGUGGCGCCCGUGUUGUGGUCAGUGAGGAAGACGGGUACGAGAUGAGUCGACGCCAUUAUUAACCUCCUGUGAUUCCCUUUUUCUCAUUAAUCCUCAACCCAGUUAACCGUGACACCGCUUUGGCAUGUAUGAUAUCGCUAACACUGUGUUUUAUUUAAUAAAAAAGCAGCCACUGUGAAGUUCCAAUUUAACUGUUUGUCUCUGCUCACACCACCACUCACGAUCCAACAGUUAUAACUUUUCAAACUAACGUUCAGGGUUAGUUUGGGUGCAUCAACUUACCCUCCUCAUGGUCCGGUGUUUCCCAUGGGGAGUUCCUGGUGAUGUUAAAGCCUUCAUGUUUGAAGUCGACUCCCGUCUGUCUCGUAUGAAUCCAAAGAAAAAACCUACAUGUGUGUGCCCUGCUGCAUUUUGUUGAUAUCCACGCAGGUAGCCCCGCCCACAAGAGACACGCCUCUCAGUCAUUCAGAGGCACGCGGCCCUGACACCAAAGAGGGCCAGGUGGGACGUGUUGGUGCUUUAUCUAUAGGGGAGAGUGGGGUAAAUUGAGCCAAAGGGUAAGUUGAGCCACCCCCUGUUGCUUGGAAAUGGUAAAAGAAAUUGAUCAUGUGACCAAAUAUUUAGGAGAUGGGCAUCAAUUCAUGGAGUCUGUGACAUUUAUUUCCAAAAGAACAUAUUUCACUCUUGAAAGUGAUUUUGUCUGUCCUAAGUUUUAUUAGAAUUGAGUUCAGACCAAAAAAGAUCAUUAAACUUGUUUUACAUCAAUUGUGGUAUCUAUGAGCUACAACACGAGGUCAAAAACCUGGCAUAAAAGUCCACCAUUUUAGUUUAGAGGACCAAUAAAGUCAUAAUAGUAGUUCAGCAGUAAGUUGAGCCAUAUAGGAGUCUGAUGAGAGGAUCAGAGUUUCAGUUCAGAUUGUUGAAAUGUGUUACUUUUUCUUUUCAAAUAUAAAGCUGUGAAUGUUCUGAAUCACCUAAAGACAUUCUAAUGUUAAAAUGGUUCUUUACAAAACAGCUUUUAGCAGUUAUAUGCAAUAAUAAUAAUAAUAAUAAUAAUAAUAAUAAUAAUAAUAAUAAAAUGAAUUAUUGUACCAGUUGAAUAGCAUAUAAAAGACUGACCAUAGGAGACCACUUCUUUUGGCAUGCUAUAUUAUCAAGACAGUUAUAAUUACACUUAUUCUGUUGGUUUGCAGGGAUGCACAACAAUUUUUUAAUCAAGAAUAUGGACUAAUAGAAUUAGGUUUGGAGUGGACCAAAUUAAACCCUUGAAUAAAAGUGAAAGAGGAGGUUUGGUUAUUGAGCAGAAUCAAUUUUAAUUUCCUAAGUUAUUUCACUGCAUUUUUUAGAGAUUCUUAUAAGUCAAAAUAGAGGAAAGUUAUUACAGGAGACCUUGGCUUACAAUCAGAAAACACAGAUUCACAGCUCACAGAAAACUUCCUCCUCUAACCCAACACUAAACAAUGGAAUGAAAUAAAGCAUUCAUUUGGGUGUAUUAUACAUUUUGUGGAUAUUUUUUUCUUAAAAGUACUUUCAGCUGCAUUAAACCAUAUCAGAGAGCCUCUAUUUUGAGCUGUAUGGCCUGGUUGGACACAUAGACAGAGCUUUUUCUGUUGCUGCUCUUACGAUGUGGAAUGACUUACCUCUCCACAUUAGACAAACUCCCUCAUGGUCCAUUUUUAAAACUCGUCUAAAAACACACUUUUUUAAAAAAACUAUUUAUUGUUGUUUUAUGUUUUUAUGUUAUUAUGUACAGCACUUUGUGUCAGCUUUGGUUGUAUUUAAAGUCCUCUAUAAAAUAAAGUUGAGUAGAGUUAAGCCUGUCUUUCAGUGGGUGUGGUGCAAGAUCUUUGAGCAGAGCCCUCAACGACAAAGAUCUGCUUAAAUCCAGGGUUUUUGAGGUGUGUAACCUAUAUUUUAACGCCUGAGUUGCAUUAUUUGGCCUAAUGGAUGCGGACAGGAUUCAGAGUUGACUGGUGUUUUUCUUUGUCACUUUCUUCCCACUGCACUGGUCCCCUUAUCCCCAUAAUUGGCUCAAGUGUGGAGAUAACACUGGGAUGAUCGGAUCACAGGGAUCCCGUAGAUUAAGUCGCUUUUCAGAGGCAAUGAUACUUCCGUUUUCAAUCAAAGAGAGGCCGAUUAGUGGAGGCCCAGAGAUCACUCCUGGUAACUAUGGAGACUCAUCCUACAGAAGGAAACGCGAUCGUUUGUAAGCUAAGGAUUUCAAUGAAGGAUUUCAGUUUGAGCAAGAAGGUACAUAAAAUAUAGAUUUGUUUUCGAGUGAGUUAAAAUCUACAACUGAUAUCUCUGAUAUCUUAAAUUGACCAAAUAAAAACUGACAUCUCUCUCUCUCUCUCUCUCUCUCUCUCUCUCUCUCUCUCUCUCUCUCUCUCUCUCUCUCUCUCUCUCCGUGGGCUUAAAGCCACGUGGACCCGCCCCAUAAAUAAGUCCUAUAAUGUGCUGGCCUGAGCCUGUGAUGGAAACCAAUAAGUGUCCUUUGAUAGCAGACAAACGCCCCCUUAACUUCCAAUAUCGUGAGCCGUGGGGUGUAUCGGCCACACCGACAAAAGCUCCGACCAAACGGACCUUAAGGUGCAGCUGGUUUGAUAUUUUAAAUAGAUCUCACUUGAUAUCCAAACACGAGGCAAGAGGCUGACUGCAGCAGCGCACACUUUACACUCAGGUGUUAAAAACAUCCUCACACUUCAUCACAUCAGCACAGAAACGUGACAUGCUCCCCUUUGUUCAUUAAGCCAUGAGAUACCUUUCUAGUUUCUCUUCUAUCGAUCGUAUCUAUUUUUUUUUUUUUUUAAUCAUUCUUGACCCCAAAACUCAUAAACAGGAGAGUCCCUUACUCUCUGUGAAGCUCAUCUAUCCACUUGGACCGUCUCCACCGUCAUUUGGUCUUUUUCACCACUCAGCCAGAUGUAAAGUGCUGAUGUCUCACACGUCGUAAAAAGUCCUCAUGGCUGCUCACUUUCUCACUUCAUCUCUGUUCCCACGAGAAAAAAAAAGUUUCCCAUAGUGUCACUUCAUGGGUCCUUUGACUAAAGUGUUAGCACUAAACUAAUAAUUGAGCCUAAUGAAAUUAAUGUUUAAUGAGCAGAUUCAGACUCAUUCGAGUUUAAAAUUCGUCAAUAUAUUUCCCAUAAAAAAGCCAGACUUACCUUUCUUACACUGGGAAAGAAAUUAUAAACUAUGAAAAUAGACAUAAAGUGAAAACCUCUGUGUUAGGGUGCCUUUAUUUUUUAAUGCCAAAGACUAUCUGAGCCAUCGUAGCAUAAUAUUUAUCAUUAGGCUUAUAAGUUAUUAAAAAUAUAUAUAUUCAAAAUGUGAUGUUAGUUCAAAAUGUAAUUUCUAUUUCAGACUAGGGCCAUAUUAAAGUUCAGACAGGCUAGUUUCCCUGAGGUGUCGUCACUAACGCCUGCCAGCCAAUCAGAUGCAGCGUUAGGUUACUUAUAAUGGCCCACAGACAACAAGAGGCUGUCUUCACUGCUGCAGCUUUCACCGUAGGACCUGUCUCUGCAACAUGACCCGGAAACUACAGACUCCAGCUCUGGAGGAUGGAAAAAGUAGAAAAAGGGUAAGAACUCCUACUUUUUAAUUUAUCACCUUAACGUGGUCUUUUGAGUGUGUUUUGAUUUUUUAACUCAUGCCCAUUUAAUGUUAUUACAUAAUGUAAAAUUUACAUGGAAAACAAUCCAAAGAAAAUGCCACUGUUAUCAUUGGCUUUAACUAAAACUUUUUCACCAUGUUUUUAAUGAUCAGUGUACACGUCACCUAAAAGGCAUAGUACUUAUAAUCUAAUCCAGUGUAUCUAAAUUUGGAGAGUUAAAGUUUGUGUAUAUAAAUUCAGAUGUUACUGACAUAUCAGUCAGAUGAAACACCUCAUUAAGUGACCCCAUGUUGUGGAUCUUUUGCAGGCCCUGAAACCCGCUGUAGAAAAGAAGAGACGAGAUCGAAUAAAUCAAAGUCUUGCUGAACUAAGAAGUUUGCUUUUGAACCAUACGUCUGAUCUAGUAUGUCAAAUAAAUAUAUAUAUAUAUCAAUUCUCUUCACUUUGUCAAAGAAACAAACCCUCAUAAUGAUAAAAUGUUUGUGCUCCUGUUUUCCUGUCAUCUCCCGCAGCGACUACAGAAUCCCAAAGUGGAGAAAGCAGAGAUUCUGGACAUGGCUGUGGAGUAUCUUCAUAAGUGGACGAAGGAGAGGAGCCUAAGCAAUGGUUUGUCAAUAAAGAAAUCAUUCACCGACUGUUUAUUUGAAUAAAAAAAAUAAUGCUUGUUUUUCUGUGAAAAAAAAAAUACACUUCUCCUAAACUCCUGUUUCAUCCCUCAUCCCUUUUGUCUUUUCAGUUGUUGCAGACUCUGCAAAUGCUCAGAAGAGGACCCAUGUUGCUGCGGUAGACCCCCAUCACUCAGAGUCCAAAGAUCCAUCCCUCCUCACCAUAGAGAUUGCAGGUUUUCAGCAGUGUGUGGCCCAACUCACCAGCUACAUGCACAAUAUAACUCCUGCACAGAGGCUGAACCUGAUCGAGGGGCUGAAGCAUCACACAGAGAGCCAGCAGACAAAGUCGGACCUCAGUCAGAGAGUGACGGGAACAGCCAGACCGUCAGAUCUAACACCGCUUGAUUUCAUUUGCACAUCUGAAAAGAAAGAAGAUCCCUCUAAGAUGCUGUUUCCAUCUCAUUCUCCGUUCCAGCCUCAGUCAUGUUCCACACCGUGUCAUGACUAUCUGUCCCCCCCUCCCUCUCCUUGGCUCUCUCCUUCUUUCUCGGCGUAUGCCACCUCUCCACCUUUCCCGUCAUUUGCCUCUCACUUCUCCUUCCCCCCGAGCUUGUCACCUCUGUCCUCCAACACCUCUUUCUUUGGUUUCUCACCCACAGUCCCUAACCCAAGCCCAGCUGUCAUCCUCUGCCCCCCUCCCUCCACACUCAGGACUCCCCAGCACCCUGCUGUAAGGGAGGGGUCGCCACCCAACUCUUCCUCAUCUAUGUGGAGACCUUGGUUUUCAUGAGGUUAACCAAAGACUGUAAAAAGCAGGGACACCAAGUGGGGAACAAAAGAAACCACAAUGAAAACUCCCCAUGACACAAAUGUAUAGUGUACAUAUGAUCUAAAGUGCAUAUAUUUUGUAUUUUUCUCUUGUAAAUAAAACCUGG